AUGUUGAAGAUGAUGACGCCGUUCAAGCGCUUGCAUUUAGUUCGCACAUUCUAUCGUUCAUCUCAAAUCGGAGAAUCUUCGUCGUAUCUGCUCGGAAGCUGCAAGAGUUAUUCCUCUGCUCUAUCAAAUGGUUCUGAAGGUAAUUUCGGGAGCUUCCAUCCUCAUUUGUUAAAGGGCCAAGAUGGCUUUCCCUUUACUGGUGUAAAAUCUUUGACACUUCGAUCUACAAUGGCUGCUGAGUUGUCCAUUUUCAUGAACGAUAAGAGAAUGGUAACUACUCAAGUCAAAGCCCCAGCACAAGCGCGACAAGUGGGUCAACAAAUAUCCCUAUCAAGUCCCGGAUUUAUCUAUGAACCUUAUGAACCUCGUGAAAAAAUCCCAUUUUGGAAGAGAUGGUUCACGAGAAAUGGUUGGAGAAGAACAAAACAUGACAUCAUUCUUGAGCUCAAAAGUGCCUAUGCUAUUUCUAAGUUAAGAAAAAAGGGAUAUUCAAAAAAUCAGUUCUACAAUGAGGCAGUCAAUAUGUACAAGGAGAUAAACACUCUAAUAGCUAAUGGUGACAGAAGAUCAUUACGGAAAUCAGUUACCGAGAAGAUGUUUUCUGUUCUUAAGAAUGAAAUUAAACAAAGAGAAUCUGCAUGGAGCAAUGUAUAUUGGGAAAUGGUGGAGCCUGUUGUUAAGGUUCGAACUUUGCGGGCACGCCUGAUUGGUGUUGAUCGGAAAGACAUGAAUAAAACAUUUAUUCAGCUUACUCUUGAGAUUUUGGCUAAACAGAAAUUUGAAGCAUAUGACUCAAAAGGCUCUGUGGUAGCUGGAGAUAAAAGCGAGGAGGUUCUUGUCCGUGAUAUAUGGGUAUUUGAGAAGUCUAUGUUUCACCCUGGCGCAAGCUGGCGUCUGUGUGGACGGAUAACACCAAAAGCAUCAAUCUCAUCUACUUGA